GGCUGAUAUUUUUUCCACGUCCCCCACUUUUGUACGAGCACGACUUUUUUGAGAGGAGAACAAUUAAAAUUUCUCUUUGUUCCUUUUUCAUAACUCAUCAUCAUGUUGAAAGUAUUCCUUGAUUCUAUUACAAAGCCUGAAGAGCUCCAAGCCUUGUGUAAAUACAAGUUUGCUCCCAAGUCAGCUUCUGCUGCCAGCCUUCAACAAACUUUAGCCCAAGACACGUCAAAGAAGAGCUGUUACGAAUUCUUAAACAUGACCUCUCGAAGCUUUGCUGCUGUUAUUCAAGAAUUAGAUGAAGAAUUAAGAGAUUCGGUUUGUUUGUUCUAUCUCGUGUUGCGUGGCUUGGAUACAAUUGAAGAUGACAUGUCUUUGGAUUUAAAUAGAAAGGUUGAAUUGUUGAGAUCUUUUGACCAAAUCAUUUACCAAAAGGGCUGGACCUUUAACGAAAAUGGACCUAAUGAAAAGGAUCGCGAGUUGUUGGUUCACUUUGACGUGAUUAUCAACGAGUUUCUUCGUCUCAAGCCCGAAUACCAAAAGGUAAUUGCCAAUAUCACCAAAUUGAUGGGUGAUGGUAUGGCCGAUUAUGUCUCUGGAGAACACCGUGAAAACACAGCUAUUGCAACCGUUAAAGACUUUGACCUCUAUUGUCAUUAUGUUGCAGGCCUUGUGGGUUAUGGUCUUUCGGACCUCUUUGCCGCUUCGGGUCUUGAAUCCAAAGAAAUUGCUGACGACAAGGUCUUGUCAAAUGCAAUGGGUCUCUUCUUACAAAAAACCAACAUUAUUCGUGAUUAUCGCGAAGAUUUAGAUGAUGGCCGUCAAUUCUGGCCAAAGGAAAUUUGGGGUAAAUAUGUCGAAAAGUUCAGUGAUCUGACCAAGCCCGAAUAUAAGGAUAAGGCACAAGCUUGUUUGAGUGACAUGGUGUUGAACGUGUUAGAUGAUGUUCCUCAAGUUCUUACUUAUCUUUCAAAGCUCAAGAACCAAUCCGUCUUCAACUUCUGUGCUAUCCCUCAAGUGAUGGCUAUUUCUACUCUUGCUCUUGUCUUUAACAACCUCGACAUUUAUCAUCGUAACCUCAAGAUUCGUAAGGGACAAGCUGUCAAGUUGAUUAUGGAUAGCAAAGAUAUGGAUCAUGUUGUGUCCAUCUUUAGACAAUAUGUCUUUGAGAUCUCUCGAAAGAACGAGGCUACAGAUCCCAACUUUAUGAAGAUCUCCAUGGCUAUUGGUAGAAUCGAACAAUGGAUUGCUGCCAACUAUAAGCCUUCUCCUCAGUCUCUUCAAAAAGCUCAACAGCCUAGUAUUUUCUUGCCCAUUAUUCUUGGUCUUCUUGGUAUGUUCAUCAUGAACUACUUUAAGAAUGCUUAAAAAUUUAUUUUGUAUUUAAAAACACCUACUUAUCUCCAUAUUUUACAUUAAUAUCUCGUUUUACAU